AAGCCCCGCCCACGGCUCCAGGAUUAAAGGGUCACGUUGCGCUGCAGCAGAAACAGAGACACUCUGCAUCCUCCAACUCUCCUGAUCUCUGUCCAGACAGCCAUCAGCAGCAACCAUGACUCACCAGUAUCCCGCACUGACUACUGAGCAGAAGAAAGAGCUGCAGGAAAUCGCUGAGAGGAUUACAGCCCCAGGAAAGGGCAUCCUCGCAGCCGAUGAAUCCACCGGCAGCAUGGGGAAACGUUUGAACCCCAUUGGGGUUGAGAACACAGAGGAGAACAGGCGUCGCUACCGCCAGCUGCUCUUCACAGCCGACCAGCGCAUGGACAGCUGUAUCGGAGGGGUCAUCUUCUUCCAUGAAACCCUUUACCAGAACACAGACGACGGCACUAACUUCUCCAAGCUCAUCAAGGACCGUGGCAUUGUUGUCGGCAUCAAGGUGGACAAAGGUGUCGUGCCCCUCGCUGGAACAGAUGGAGAGACCACCACACAGGGUCUGGAUGGGCUCUCUGAGCGCUGUGCGCAGUACAAGAAGGACGGUGCAGACUUCGCUAAAUGGCGCAGCGUGCUGAAGAUCAGCGAGAACACACCCUCCGAGCUGGCCAUCAUGGAGAACGCUAAUGUUCUGGCACGAUAUGCCAGCAUCUGCCAGCAGAAUGGCAUUGUUCCUAUUGUGGAGCCCGAGAUCCUUCCUGACGGAGAACAUGACCUGAAGCGCUGCCAGUACGUCAGUGAGAAGGUCCUGGCUGCAGUGUACAAGGCUCUGUCAGACCACCAUGUGUACCUGGAGGGGACCCUGCUGAAACCCAACAUGGUGACACCCGGACACUCCUGCCCCACCAAGGUCAGCCACGAGGAAAUCGCCAUGGCAACCGUCACCGCCCUGCGCCGCACCGUGCCCCCUGCAGUCACAGGAGUGACAUUCUUGUCAGGUGGCCAGUCCGAGGAAGAUGCCAGCAUCAACCUUAAUGCCAUCAACAACUGUCCCCUCACCAAGCCCUGGGCUCUGACCUUCUCGUACGGCCGCGCCCUGCAGGCCUCCGCGCUGAACGCAUGGAGAGGAGAGCUGAGCAAAGAGAAGGCCGCCACCGAGGAGUUCAUCAAGCGCGCCGAGGCUAACAGUCUGGCCGCUCUCGGCAAGUACCAGUCUUCUGGAAGUGGUACCGCCGCAGGAAAAUCCCUCUACGUGGAAAAUCACGCCUACUAAACACCCACCACAUUCAACUGUGGCGUAUAGUUAUAGUCUUAUAUCUGCUCUGCUAUUUCCCCUCACUCCUCCAUAAAUCACAAGCCUGUGCUGUCUACUGUACUUUAGAGUUGUUAAAGAUUACAUGAUUAGUUAUGUGUAUUUAAAAACAUAAUGUGAAACUAACAUACUAAAGGGAACAGGCUUGUUUCUUUUUCUAUUCAACCAAACAAAUCAAAACUGCUUUGAGACAAUGUUGUGACUGAAAAUUAAUGUCAUAUGUGAUCAGAAGUCAGAGGUAAAAUGUGAACAAUAGAUCAAGAUAAUCAGUCAGUAUUCAACUCAUGCCUCUUCUUCCUGUCUCCACACCUGGUGCCGUCUCCCUUUCUCCCCCACAUGGUAAAUCUCAAGCCACUCCCAAGCUUGGAAGCGUCUGUGUCGGUGUUUCGCUUCUGUCAAAAUGCAGUACUAGCUCAUCCCUUAAGCGCUAUACUAACAUCCUCCGUGACAGUGGGAUCAAGCGAUCACUAGUGGCUUCAGUACAUCCGUUAAGGCCCGAGAGGACGAAACAAACCGUGUGAAGACGUCGGCUUUUAAAGAUUGAGUUGGCGUGACUGUCUAAAAGUGCAAAGUGUUUGUUGUUCGUUGAGAAAGCCGUAGCUCCAGCAGCGGUCAGUAGACCCUCGCCAGGAUUCAUCCUAAUCUUUCUGUUCUCACGCUUCUACUUACUACUAAUUAGAGAAACAUCUUGUGUGUCUAUUCUCAGUAUAACAUUAUCUUUUAAUCACAUGAAUUAAUCAAUGUAUUCAGUUGUGUGAAGGCGUCAAUAUUAUGUGAUGAUUGUGUCAUCUCUACUUCCCCGCCCCCCCCACUGAUUUCCCCCUGUCAGCCACACGUCAAGAUGAGAUGUGGAUUAUGUGGACCAAUACGUGUGGUUGGCAGCGGGGGAAACAGUCACUGCUGUGUUGGGUUACUGUGAUGUUUGUGAUGUUAAUAUUGUUCUUGAAGCACUUGGUGUGUUGAAUAGUGGAGAAAAAUAAAACUUUAAAAAAUA